GUGCGAGACAGCAGCGCAAACGGACGUCAAAACGCGACUUUUUGUUUAUUAUUUUUUUUUGGUAGUUAUGUUAAAACCAAGUUAUAGCUUAGCCGGCUGUGUGUUGUUAAUAACACUGAGCGUAUGCUUGGCAUGGAAGCCCAUUGCCAGCAGCAGCAGUCCCAUCACCGCCUACAGCCUAAAGCAAUCGCAUCCAGGCGAGGCAAGCAGCAGCCAUGAGCUCGCCACCAGCUACAGUCAGUUCAAUGCCAAUAAACCAGACGAGUCCUUUGUGUUUCAAGCGGAUGCGAGCAGCAGCAGCAAAGCGCUGACGCUAGCGGAUGAGGAUAUAGGACAAUAUGAUAGCUAUAGUCUGGAGGAUGAGCCGCAGCAGCAGCAACAUAUAAUCAAGAGCAGCUUUGGCAGCGCGCCCGCCGCUUAUGCCGCCGAUCGCUGCAGCGUCAAAAAGUUUGCAUUCAAUCAAGACGGCAUUGUGGACUAUAACAAUAAGCUGCCCGAAUUGGAGCAGUUUACGACCUGUCUAUGGAUGCGGUUCACCAAUCAUAGCGGCGACCAUGUCUUGUUCACAUACGAGACCGAAAAGGAAACGCGUGAGAUACAAAUCUGGGUCGCGAAUGCACAAAAUUCCAGUUUCCUAUCGAUGGCCAUAAAAGGCCAACAAAUGUACAGAUUGAAUUACCCGCUGCGCAUGAGGCAAUGGCAUCAUAUGUGCAGCUCUUGGAAUGGCAAGACCGGCGAGUGGCAGGUGUGGCUCAAAGCUGAGCGCAUUGGCAGAGGUUUUCACAACUCGCUUGUGGGCUACAAGAUACCAGCGAAUGGUAAAAUGCGUUCGGGUGGCAGCUCCAUAACCGGCGAAGUGAUUCAAGGUCUGCACUUUGAGGUGACGCUGGUUCAAGUUUAUCGCGUUGCGUUGAGUGCCGGCAAAGCGCAUCGCGACCACAAGCAUCAUCAUGUGCAUCACUUUGAUCACGAGGGUCAGGAGCUAUCGAGCACACCACGUGCGCCGCCAGUUAUAAAUCGUCCGCAGCCCAUGCACUCGCUGCUCGCCAGCGGUCAAAUACCCUCCAGAGUGCGUCUCAAUCUGGCAGGACCAACGCCCUCGCAGAUGCCAGCGCAGGAUGCAUCCACACAGCCGCAAUUAACACUCAAUACCAACUUUGUUAAUGGCCAAAUCAAUGCUGGCUCACGCUUGGUGGCGCAACAGCUGCUGGCCACGCCUGCCAGCCGCCUGCCUGCCACGCCCAACAAUGCUGCACGCUUUCAAAUGCUGAGCAAUUCGGCCAAUGUGCAGUUCAUUGAUGAAACAGAGACGCACAUACAAUUCAAAAGACACACGAACAAAUCGAAGCUGCAGAAACGCGAGCUGGUGCUGCUGGACAAUGGAGCAAUUGUGGAUGAUGCUGCUGAUGCUGCUGCUGCCGCUGCGCCUGAAGAGCUUUACAAUGGUCUCGCCGACUUUGGCGAUCAGCAGUUCAAGCAGGAUCUAACACACAGAAUGAAUCUGGAGCAGGAGGUGAGCACGCAUGAUCGCGAGCCAGCCGAGGAGGAAGUCAAAGCGGUCAUGGCCAUGUGCAGCAGCUGUGACCCGGAACCUUUCCAGGGUGCCAUUGUAUUUGCUUGGAAGAACGUUAGCGAGCAUAUGGACAAUACGCUCAAGGGACUGAGCGUGGGCACUUGUGGUCAUUUCUGAGCCUGCUACUUAGCCUAAUACGAGAAUUUUCUUUUCAUUUGUUUUCGAGUUGAAAGAAUUAGUCAAAGUAACUAUCGAGCACUAGUAAAUAUUAAUUUGUAGACAGUUGAGAAACUCUUCUAUGCAUAGCUGUUAAAUUUGCUAAGCAAUUAAAUUAUAUAAGUUAUAUACAGUUGAUAAAAUUAGCAAACGCUAAUUGCUGAGCAUUGCAAAUAUUUCAACAAAUAAUCAAAUACUAUCAAUGAAAUUGAAAUUACUCAAAAUA